AUGGCUAGGAUGGGGCCUCAAAGUCAGAAAGAUACAGUUAUUGCAUCUCCCCAGGUUGAUGCCAUGUGGAAGGCAGUGCUGGACCCAGGAAAGAUAGCAUCUGUGAGAAGUGUGGGAGAAGGACUCGGCAUAAGCACAUUGUCCUCCAGCCCUUUCACUGCAAGCAUAAAACCCAAUCUCUCCCUGUAUGGCUCCAGUCCCAUGAGCCACCAUCACUCUUCCAGAGCCCAGGCCAAUAUCCACAACUGUGCAGACGCCAGUUGCAGGGAGAACGUUUUCAUCAGUAGUCGGUGGGAGCAUUGUUUCUCAGCCAAAACGGAGGAAGACUGGAAUUUGUUCAGUGUAGUCAUCCAGACAUCUCCAGUAGAUCCCAGCCUUUCAAACCUGCAUCUCGCCCAGAAGGUGCCUCUGAGAGGGCAGCCGAAGGUGACCGCCUCCCCGGAGACGGCCGAGGGGGGAGCGGGCCAGGGGUUGGGUGCCGCCGGAGACGCGGGCGCCGGGCCUGAUCCCGCAGGCACCUGCCAGCCCGAGGUAGCGGCCUCGGGCUCCGAGAGCCCAGCAGCGCCGGGCGGCCUCAGCAGCAGUUGCAGCGACCCGAGCCCUGCCGGGGAAUCGCCGAGCCUGGAUUCGGAAUCGUUCUUUUACCUUCAUUCUUUCCCAGUAACUUCGGAUUUAAUUAUGGAGAAAGAGCUGAGGAGCAGGGUCCCGGAGGAGGAGGAGGAAGGAGAGGGAGAGGGAAAGAGGGGUGCCGCGGCGGUGUUGCCCGGGGCUGUGCCCCUGUGCAGAGGGGAGGAGGAGGAGGAGGGGGAGGCAGCUCAGGUGCUCGCGGCCUCCAAGGAACGCUUCCCGGGACAAUCUGUCUAUCACAUCAAGUGGAUCCAGUGGAAGGAAGAGCACACACCCAUCAUCACCCAGAAUGAGAACGGACCCUGCCCUUUGCUGGCCAUCCUCAAUGUUUUGCUUCUGGCCUGGAAGGUGAAACUUCCACCGAUGAUGGAAAUCAUAACUGCUGAACAGCUGAUGGAAUAUUUAGGAGAUUACAUGCUUGAUGCAAAGCCAAAAGAAAUUUCAGAAAUUCAACGUUUAAAUUAUGAACAGAAUAUGAGUGAUGCUAUGGCAAUCUUGCACAAACUACAGACAGGCUUGGAUGUAAAUGUAAAAUUCACUGGUGUUCGAGUGUUUGAAUAUACACCAGAAUGCAUAGUAUUUGAUCUUCUUGAUAUUCCUUUAUACCAUGGGUGGUUAGUGGACCCUCAGGUUGAUGACAUUGUAAAAGCUGUUGGUAACUGCAGCUACAACCAACUAGUGGAGAAGAUCAUCUCUUGUAAGCAGUCAGACAAUAGUGAGCUGGUUAGUGAAGGCUUUGUAGCUGAGCAGUUUCUAAAUAACACAGCCACUCAACUGACAUACCAUGGAUUAUGUGAACUAACUUCAACAGUUCAGGAAGGAGAACUUUGUGUGUUCUUUCGGAAUAAUCAUUUUAGUACCAUGACCAAAUACAAGGGUCUACUGUAUUUGCUGGUAACAGAUCAGGGGUUUCUUACUGAAGAAAAAAUUGUUUGGGAAAGCCUUCAUAAUGUUGAUGGUGAUGGAAAUUUCUGUGACUCAGAUUUUCAUCUGCGGCCUCCUUCAGAUCCUGAAACUGUAUACAGAGGACAACAAGAUCAGAUCGAUCAGGACUAUCUUAUGGCAUUAUCUCUACAACAAGAACAGCAGAGCCAAGAGAUCAAUUGGGAACAAGCACCGGAAGGAAUCAGUGAUUUGGAACUCGCAAAGAAACUCCAAGAAGAAGAGGAUAGACGGGCUUCUCAAUAUUACCAGGAACAGGAACAAGCAGCAGUUGCUGCUGCUUCUACUUCUGCUUCUACCCAGGCUCAGCAAAGCCAGCCAGCACAAGCCUCUCCGUCAAGUGGAAGACAAUCUGGAAAUAGUGAACGUAAACGAAAGGAACCUCGAGAAAAAGAUAAAGAAAAAGAAAAGGAAAAAAAUAGCUGUGUUAUUUUGUAA